AAAUCCCCCCCGACUCCUCGCAGCUUCCUCUUGUCUUGUGGCCGACCCGCCUCGCCACGCCGUCGCAGCCGAGGCUCCCCCACCCGCAGGGAGAGAGGCCGGCGGCCGCCGCUUCCACUGACCCCCACCGGAGCGCCCCGUCGCCGGUCGGGUUUGAUCGAUGGCGUCCAAGAGGAUCCUGAAGGAGUUGAAGGACCUGCAGAAGGACCCUCCCACCUCCUGCAGCGCAGGUCCCGUGGGUGAGGACAUGUUCCAUUGGCAAGCCACUAUCAUGGGCCCCUCAGACAGCCCAUUUGCCGGUGGGGUAUUCUUGGUGAACAUUCAUUUCCCACCGGAUUAUCCUUUUAAACCACCGAAGGUCUCUUUCCGCACCAAGGUUUUCCACCCGAACAUUAAUAGCAAUGGCAGUAUUUGCCUUGACAUUCUCAAGGAACAGUGGAGUCCUGCUCUUACCAUAUCAAAGGUCCUCCUGUCAAUCUGUUCACUGCUGACGGACCCCAACCCAGAUGACCCGUUGGUGCCAGAGAUUGCUCACAUGUACAAGAAUGAUAGGGCCAAAUACGAGUCCACUGCUCGCUCCUGGACGCAGAAGUACGCCAUGGGCUAGAAAGUCAGCCAAACUGGUGGACGUGUCGAAACCCAACGACGUUAUCAGCUAAAUAACCCACAAGUCACCCUCCCCCAACGAAGUAUGAAUGGACUUUUGAGGCCGUUGUGCCCAGUUGAACUCAUAUGUACCCUACCUUGUGAAGUCCGUUUCAGUCUGGUAGUCUGUUCUACUUGACUGUUCUGUUAUUUAAGUUGCUUCCUAAAUCAUAUUUAUUAUUCGUGCUUGUCGGUGCGGUAGCAACUAUUUAAAUGCUUAGAAACUGUGUUA